UCCUCCCUUGUGUGCUGUCACUUGUUUCAAUCCCCGUUUUAUUCCAGGGGCUGUUGCUGCCGGCGGCUCAGAGCAUAAAGUCACGGGGUGUAAUGAACUUGUGAGCACCUGGUUUUCCUUUAAUUCUGUCACUUGCCUCUCGUGCUCCUCUACUGCCCUGACUGCCAUUUAUCUUAGGCAACUACCUUCUUGCCUCCUGACUUGCACUGGGGAGGCUCCAUCGCUAAGAAGUCACACAAAUUGUUUUUCCAUUUUUGUUGGAGAUUUUUAUUUUCUUCUUGUGCGGCGACUGUCCCAAGGGAAUCGGCUCUAUUUGAUUUGAUAUUGAGAGCGAUCAUCGAUCGAUCCGUGAGCAGCAGGAAGAUGCUGUGAUUUAUCCCUCGCUCUGGACUUGCACCUGUUUCAUAGGAGUCUUUAUUGGCCAACAUCUGAGGGACUUUGGGUCACUUUCUGCGGACAAAGAUGAGCAAACCGACCGGAUCAACAAGUCGGAUCCUGGACAUACCAUGCAAAGUAUGCGGAGAUCGCAGCUCAGGUAAACACUAUGGAGUGUACGCCUGUGAUGGAUGUUCAGGGUUUUUCAAAAGAAGCAUCAGACGGAACAGAAGCUAUGUCUGCAAAUCUGGAAAUCAGGGGGGUUGUCCAGUUGACAAGACUCACAGGAAUCAGUGCCGAGCGUGUCGUCUGAAGAAAUGUCUGGAAGUCAACAUGAAUAAAGAUGCUGUUCAACAUGAAAGAGGACCAAGAACAUCCACCAUAAGGAAGCAAGUGGCACUAUACUUUAGAGGACACAAAGAAGUGAAUGGAAGCACACAACACUUUUCAUCAACAGCACUGCCGACCCCAACCUUCUUCACCACUGUUAGGCAAUUGGAAGCACACAAUCUGGAGCUGGCAGCUAUCUCCACUGUCCCAGAAAGACAAACCUUAGUAGGACUGGCACAGCCAACCCCAAAGUACCCUCAUGAAGUGAAUGGAGCCCCUCUGUAUCUGUAUGAGUUCGCCACUGAGUCAGUCUGUGAAUCAGCUGCACGACUUCUAUUUAUGAGCAUUAAGUGGGCAAAGAGUGUACCUGCAUUCUCUACACUGUCACUACAAGACCAGCUGAUGCUUCUAGAGGACGCGUGGAGAGAGCUGUUUGUUCUCGGAAUAGCACAAUGGGCGAUCCCAGUUGAUGCUAGCACACUACUGGCUGUAUCUGGAAUGAACAAUGAGAACACAGAAUCUCCAAAGCUGAAUAAGAUCAUCUCGGAGAUCCAGGCUUUACAAGAUGUGGUUUCUAGAUUUCGACAGCUUCGGCUAGACGCAACUGAAUUUGCUUGUCUCAAAUGCAUUGUCACUUUUAAGGCUGGUGUGUCUACACAUAGUGGUUCAGAAUUAAGGAAUUUCCGAAAUGCUGCUGCUAUCUCAGCCUUACAAGACGAAGCACAGCUCACACUCAACAGCUACAUACACACCAGAUACCCUACACAACCAUGUCGCUUUGGAAAACUCCUAUUGCUCCUGCCAGCAUUACGCUCCAUAAACCCUUCAACGAUAGAAGAGGUUUUUUUCAAGAAAACAAUUGGGAAUGUUCCAAUAACACGGCUACUUUCAGAUAUGUACAAAUCGAGUGACAUCUAACCUUGGGAGAAAAUCCUGAAAAUGAAAGACAAUUGAAAAGGAUUGUUUAAGCAGAUAUAUGAAUAUUUCUUCAGAAGGUCAUGUCCAGAACAAAUAAUAUUUUGUCAAAAAGCCAUCAUAUUGAUGAACAAGCUAUCCAACUACAUUCUACCAUGUCCAAGAACUUGACUUCAAGAGACAAUCCAUUUUAAAAACGGAGUUACCCACUUCUGUAUGAAAAGUGCAGAGGCUAAAGUGCCAUUGUACAUAAGUAUACUACAUUUCAUCAAACUGAAUCAUCUAAAUGUCUAAAAGAAGGUCCUAUCUUCUUGUUUCAACCGUUUACUGAAAGGAAGCAUGCACAAUAAUAGAAGGCAAGAUUUGCUAAGGUGGAAAAUGGUUGUGUAUAAACACAACAGUUUUUAAGUUCUUGGGAAUGUGGCUGCUUUUAUUCAGACUUGCUUGGUUCCCAACCUCUGUGUUAAAGUGACAAAGUUAUAGCAUUCUGUAACAUAGUCGUGUAUUGGCCUUGCAUACACACUGGUGCCAUAAAAACCUAUAACAUCCACUGCCACUUCUAUGGGGUGACUUGUGGUUCCAGCCACUAGUUUUGUACCUCAUAGGCUAUGAAUGUGCCACACGGUUCAUUAAUACUUUGCACUUGAGAGUAUUUGGAAAAGUGUCAUAAAAGGACUUUUCAAAUGCAGAAAAAACGCCAAUACCUUAGUAUGCUGCAACAGGGGUGAUCCCAAUUUAUUCCAUAGUGCUACCAGACACUGCAGUUACAAUCAAACUUUUCGGGUACACCUGUCCCUUAAGGUACAGGUGUUCCCGAAACGUGUUCCCGAAACGUUUGAUUGUAACUGCAGUGUCUGGUAGCACUAUGGAAUAAAUUGGGAUCACCCCUGUUGCAGCAUACUAAGGUAUUGGCGUUUUUUUCUGCAUUUGGAUUAAUUGCUGGCGUUUGGCUAGGCCAGUGCCAUAGCCUUUCACCCCUUAAACUGAACUUUUAUAAAAGGACUUUUGCAUGUCUUAUAAAUCCUCUCAUUUAAAUAUGCUGCAGUCUCAAGCAAUACUAUGCCAUGAUAAGUUGGAAAUGUACACAAUUUCUCAUAUUAAGUUAUAUAGUAGGAGGUAUGCACCAAAUCCACUAUUUGGGAUUCGGCUGAAUCCCCAAUCCUUGGUGAAAGAUACUGAACCGAAUCCGAUUCCUAAUUUGCAUAUGCAAAUUAAGGGCUGGAAAGGAAAAAGUGGAAAAAAAUCUUCUUUUGUGCCGAAAAGUUACACGAUUUCCCUACCCGCCCCCAAUUUACAUAUGCAAAUUAGGAUUCAGAUUCGGUUCGGCCAGGCACAAGGAUUCAGCCGAAUCUGAAUCCUGCUGAAAAAGGCAGGAUCCUGGCCGAAUCCUGGAUUCAUUGCAUCCCUAAAUUAUAGUAAUACCAUGCGAGGAAGUACUUAACAACAACGAUUAAUUCUGUUCCAAUUGUUUGAGAAUCAUUGCUUUAAUUUAAGUUUUGCAAGUCAGAAAUAUGUAAAAAAUCCUAUGUUUUAGGAAGACACAAAUGCCUUUCUGAAGAUGGAACUCAAAAGAGAACCAAAAGUGAAGGGUGAAACAUCUGCAUAGGGUAUGAAAACCAAAGGCAAUAGUGUACAAAUCACUACCAUAUAAAAAACAAAUGGAUUAUUGCAUAGUCCCCAGAACUAGUGGCAAUUAAAAAUGAAUUUGUGUAUUUAUUCUGGACUCUAUCAAUUAUCAUAAUACAGGCCAAGCAUUUAUCGUUAAAUACCAUUCAGAAAGGGACCGUUUAGUGACAGUGUAAAGACAAAGCUGCUUUGCUUUCAGAGUUUUGGUGUAAUGCUAGGUUCUAGCCCCGAGAAAUGAAAUCAGCACUUCAAGUAUCAUAGGCGAGUAAAUAUUUUUUUCCUGUAUAAAAUGUCGACUAAUUUGUGAAGAUGAAAGUUGUACUCAAUUUCUUUACAAAGAAAAAUAAACUAUAUUGAAUUUA